UGCACAAAAAACAGUAAAGGACUCCAUGCAAUCAGCAAGCAGUGUGGUUUUAACAACCAACAUGUGGACUGCAAGAACCACUGAAGGUUAUUUGACUCUGUCAGGACAUUUUAUUGACAAAGACUGGCAGAUGCAGUCUUGCAAUCUUGCAACAAUCCAUGUAGCUGUGCAGCACACAGCAGACAAUAUAUCUGAACUCCUCCAAAAAACAACUGAUGAAUGGGGCAUCACCAGUAAGGUUCAUGCGGUUGUUACAGACAAUGGAGCCAAUAUGGUCUCUGCUGUGCGUAAAACUUGUUGGAAACUUAUUCCUUGUUUUUCUCACACACUUAACCUCAUUGUGAAGGACUCCAUUAAGGCUGACACAAGUCUUGAGUCCAGCUUUGAGAAAUGCAGUGCCAUUGUUCGGUUCUUCCAUCACAGCACCAGAGCAACUGACAAGCUAAAAGAAGUACAAAAUCAGUUGAAUUUACCACAGUAUAAACUAAUCCAAGCAGUAGAUACUAGAUGGAACUCUGUGUUGUACAUGAUUGACAGACUGUAUGAGCAACAACAAGCCAUCACAACAACACUUUGUCUUCUCAGGAGAAACUACAUGUGCCUAUGUGAUGAAGGAUGGUCCCACAUCAGGCAGGCCAGUGAUGCCCUCAGGCCUUUUGAAGAGGCCACCAAGGAGGUUUCAGCAGAGCAGUAUGUCACAAUUUCCAAAGUCAUACCUCUGGUCUGUCUUCUUCUCCAGAAAGUAACCACAUCUGCUGAACAGGGUAACAGUCUGGCUUCACAACUUGCUGCACAAUGCAAGCGAAGGUUCCAAAACAUUGAACACAACCACACUCUUGCAGCCAGCACCUUUUUGGACAUUAACUUCAAAAACAUUGUGUUCAGUGAUUCUGCAAAUGUGGAUAUGACUAAAUCACGGAUCAUCACAGAAAUGCAAGCCCUGGCCUGCGCUGAAACAGUCAACAAGACAUUAGGCCGCCGCGACUGCAUCAACUGUGACACAAGAGUCGCCUCAUUCCCAAUGCUGAAGAAAGUUGCGAAAAAAUACCUUGGAACUAUUGCAACGUCUGUUCCAGCAGAGAGACUCUUCUCUAAGGCCGGAGAAAUAAUCAGCCAGAGGCGUAAUCGUAUCAAAGCAGAAAACGUGAACAUGUUACUUUUCCUGUACAGCAAUCUGAGAAUUCAGUAAAGUGGGACGUGUGAUGACAUAUCUCGAGUACACUAAA